AUGACCAGUGAAAGUACUCUAAAAAGGCGACUUAAGGACUAUAAUAUAAAGAUCGGCAACACCUAUUCUAUUAUAGAACAGGGAGAGUUAGAGGACUUGCGUAGAGCAUACAAUGUGCGUGCACCAUUAGCAUUGUGGCACAUUAAUGGAAAUCAUAAAUUGAUCAGAUGGAGAUUCGUGAUUCAUGGUGGAAUUGACGGGUAUUCUAGACUGCCAGUUUUCUUGAAGGUAAACACUAACAACAGUGCAGUGAGUGUCCUUAGUGCCUUUACAGAAGCUACACAGCUGUAUGGAUUGCCAGAGAGAGUUCGGUCUGACAAAGGAGGAGAGAAUGUUUUGGUUGCUGAAUACAUGGUUCAACAUAAUGGCACAAGGUCUUUUAUAACCGGACCCAGUGUACAUAAUCAAAGAAUUGAGAGACUAUGGCGGGAAGUCUGGACUGGUUGCAAUGCCUUGUACUAUGGACUCUUCUUCUCGAUGGAGGAUGAUGGUAUUCUGGAUGUCACCAAUGAGAGGCACAUGCUAGCACUGCAUCUUGUGUUCAAGCCCAGGAUACAGCAACACCUGGAUAACUUUAGAGAAGCUAUUUAUCACAGGCCAUUAAGAACAGAACGAAAUAAAAGCCCACUACAACUUUGGAUAAGUGGUCAAAUGCUUGAUCCUAAAUGGAAUCCAAAUAAUGAGGAUGAGCUUCAAACCUUUGGUAUGGAAUUUGGUGACCUUACUUCCUGAUGAAGAUAAUGUUCCCGAAGCUGUGGUUGUUCCCGAAAAUGAAGAGAAUGUGGAUCCUCAUGUGCUUGACAAUAUACAAGAGAUUCAUGAUAGGAGGUCAUUGAAUAAUGGUAUUGACAUUUAUCAGGAAGUGUUAUCAAUUAUUAAUCAUUAGAAAGAAUUGCAGUUAUUAUCUACCGUACUGUGUCAUCAGAUGAAACUACCAGGAUUUGUGUAUUCAAUUAUAUUAUUAGCUCUACUUUCCAAAGACCAGAAGAGCUUACAAGAUUGUGCAGUGUACAUCAACACAAUAAAAUUUUGGUUGUAUCUCAAUAAAAUUAUGCAGUCAUUAGAUUUACAUAAAAGCUUGGU